AUGUGUGAAGAUUUACACUGGUCUUUGUUGCUGCUACUUCUGCUGCUGCUGCAGUCGCUUUUGUUGUUGCCCGCCGCGUUGACUGCCGAGCCGGGCAGAGAAAGCGUCAGGCAGCAGCCGGCGCCGCAGCGUGUCCAUUAUCCAGCUGGUGUGGAUUUCUUUGAGCAUGAGUUCAGCAGCUUGGCGGCAGGUGCGUCUCAGUCAGCCAGUUCCAAUGUUUCCAUACUAAUCUCUAACUCUCUUCCAGACGAGUUCGAUCCGUUUGGGCCGGAUAUCGGGGAUGAUGAUCUGGGCAUUGACGAUCCGGAGACCAUGCCGCGUUUGUUCCAAGGCGACAUUGCCAUCGAUCCCUAUACGUACAUCACACUGCGUCUGGGCGUGAAUCCGAUGCGACAUCCCAAGCGCUUGUGGCCCAACGGCACCAUACCCUUUGCGAUUAGCCCGCGCUAUGAGAGCAGGGAGAGGAGCUCUAUUAUGCAUGCUUUGUGGACAUUCAAUUCGCUCACCUGCAUCCGGUUUGUGCCAUACGAUGGCUAUGUGGAGGACUAUCUGCUGAUUGAGCCGCCCGAGGACGGGCCGCAGGGCUGCUGGUCGUAUGUGGGCAAGCGGGGUGGGGAGCAGGUCGUCGCCCUGCAGCGGCCCGACGAGACGAGCGCCCACUGCUUCAGCAGCGAGGGGCGCAUCAUGCACGAGCUAAUGCACGCCAUUGGCAUCUACCACGAGCAAUCGCGCGCCGAUCGGGACAACUUUGUGAAGAUUCACUGGGACAACAUUGUGCCGCGUUUCCGAAAGAAUUUCAAGCUCGUCUCGCGCAAGCGGGGCAAAUACGCCUUCGACUACGAUUACAACUCGGUGAUGCAUUACGGCGAGUACUAUUUUAGCAAAAAGAAGGGACAAAAGCCGACGAUGACGCCGCUGCAGCCGGGCGUGCGAAUUGGCCAGAGGAAGACGAUCAGCCAAAUUGAUUGCCUCAAGAUAAACGAUUUGUACGGCUGUCUGAAGGGCCGGCGUGCCAAAAUGUACAAGGCCUUUUGUAGUUUGUUAGGUUUGUAGUUGUUGCACUAAU